CGCCGCUCUGCGGCCGGGAUCACGAUUCCACGAGGGGGUUCACAGGGAUGACGAUGCUGCGCCACCGCAAGAGAAGCUUAAUAUAUCGCAUGCGCUUAAUCCAGUCCUCUGUCCAGCUUGGAACGCUCGCACGACUCCCUUUCCCCUUGACGCUUUCUGCUCUCGACGCAGCGGGCACACCUUGCUUCCUCAAGCGGAACACAUUUCACUCGUCUCAUCCUUCUCGCCCCACGCAGCAUUUACCAGGUGUGGAUCUCCUUGAGUCCGGUCGCGAUGAAGGGCAUCGCAAAGGCGAUGGCGCGCACGCCGCACCUGCUCACCUCUAAGGUGGGCAUGACGACCAAAUCCAGUGACGCCGCAUUCGAUGAGCUCAACCGCAAGUUCACAACUGUCGAAAAGAGUGGAGAGAGGCUGCAGAAAGAUGCUCAGUCCUACAAGCAAUCCGUGCAAAAUAUGCUCCUCUCGGGCGCUGCUUUCGGAUCUGCCUUCGCCAACCUCUUCUCCCCGUCUGGAUCUGAAGCCGACUUCAUCGGCAAUCAUCCCCAGGCAGCGACCACAAUCCAGAGUCUGCCCGCCUACGAUAUCAUGAUGGAGGAACUCCGUGAGGCGCUCACCCCUGAAAUUGACUUGAUUGAAAAUCGGAUCAUAGCGCCAAUCAAGGACUUCAACGCCGUCAUUAAAAGUAUCCGGAAGAAUAUCACGAAGCGUGAUCAUAAACUCAUUGAUUAUGAUCGGCACAAUAACGCUUUCUCUAAGGUGAAGGACAAGAAGGAAAAGAGUCUCAAAGACGAGCAAAACCUAUUCAAAUUGGAGCAGGGCUACGAGACGGCCGCUGCGGAUUAUGAAUACUUCAACAAUGCUUUCAAAGAGGAACUGCCAAACUUUUUCGAGCUCGUUGCCUCCUUUAUGACUCCGCUCUUCCACAGCUUGUACUACAUGCAGCUGAACGUGUUCUACCUCACGCUGGAGAAGUUCCAAACCUUUGCUUCCGGUCGUUAUGACCUCACAGUCGACCCACGCACGAUUGAAGACACCUAUGCACAGCGGCUUGCGGAUACAGCAGAGCAGCUCGAGGCGUUGUGCAUUCGGCGACCGGCGCAAUCAAGUGCCCGCAUCCUUGGGGCCAAUCGUUCCGGAUCCAUCGGUUCCACAUCUUGUGCUCCUGGCGGUCUUGCAGCGAAUGCACCAUCCCGUGCAGGAGGAAGCGGCGCACCGAAUGCCGCUGCUAGCAAGCCACCGCCGCCCCCGCCGCCAGCAGGGAAAAAGCCUGGGUUACAGCCACAAAAGCAAUACGUCAUCGCUCUUUACGACUACACAGCCCAAGUAAGCCAUGAGAAGCACGCGCUAUCAAGGUAAUGAUUUACUUCUUACGGCUGUUCUACGCAUUGCCUUCUCAGGCGGCUGGUGAUCUCAGCUUUAGUGCAGGUGACCGAAUCCAAGUCGUGCAGAAAACGACAAGCACCGAAGACUGGUGGACGGGGAUCGUUAAUGGUGUCCAAGGAAUCUUCCCAGGGCAAGUAUAUGAUGUCUCGCUAUGAGAAUCGAUACUGAGUAUGAUGCCUGUAACUGAUGUUAUACUACCCACUUCUCCAGAAACUAUGUUCGUGAUCCUUGAAUGCGGGAAAUUAGGCCAUCAAGGGGCAUGUAUUUGCUUUACUCUCG